GCGAAUCACCACCACUAUCACCCCCAUAGCCACAAUCACCACGAAGAUACCCACCUUAAUCACCACGAGGUCCAUCGACACCACCAUAAUCACGGCCGCGGCCACCAUCAUCACCAUCACGGAGACGAGUUUAAAGAGCUAACCGGCGCGCAGAAAGCUGUGAUUAGGUUUUCGGAUGCGGUGAGAUGGACGAAUCUCGCCAGUCUGCCGAGGGAGGAGCACUUGCAGCUCUGUUGCUACUCAGCGGCUAUGUUUCUCGCCGCUGCUAUUUGUCCGUACCUUGCGCCAAAAUCCGUGGAUUGAUCUUAUUUUUCCGCUAGAAACGGAACUUUAGCAAUAAUUAGAACUGAGGAUGAGAUUGUGUGCGUGAAGUCUCGACAUCCCUAGAUGCUCUCAUUAACAUUGCUGGCGAGAAGGUGAACAUUCAUGUGCUGAUGGCUCUUGCAGCCUUUGCCUCUGUUUUUAUGGGCAAUGCCUUGGAAGGAGGCUUACUUCUUGCAAUGUUCAAUCUGGCUCAUAUUGCCGAAGUGUUCUCCACAGGUUGAUCAAUGGUAGAUGUUAAAGAGUUGAAAGAGAACUAACCAGAUUCCGCCCUCGCGCUAGUUGUUAAAGAGUGAAAUCUACCUGAACUCACGCAUUUGGCCUACUAAAGUGUGCCAGUGCAUGAUAUAGAUAGAAGUGGGCUCGUUAUGUUCUAGUUGGAGAUGGGGAGGUUGUGCCUGUGGAUUGUCAGAUUUUCAAAGGUAGUGCAACAAUUACUAUUGAGCAUUUGACUGGGGAAGCAAAACCGAUCGAAGCAAAGGUGGGAGAUUGGAUUCCGGCCAGUUGGUGCAAGGAACUUGGAUGGUUGAAUGAUUGUCAAGGCAACAAAGAUAUGGAAAGAUUCAACACUAAAUAGAAUUUUGCAAUUGACUGAAGAGGCCCAGUAAAACAAACCAAAACUUCAAAGAUGGCUCGAUGAGUUUGGUGAGCAAUACAGCAAGGUUGUAGUAGGGUUGUCGUUUGCUGUUGCUUUCCUUGGACCAUUGUUUUUCAAAUGGCCAUUCAUGAGUACUUCAGCCUGCAGAGGAUCAAUCUUUAGAGCAAUAGGAUCAAUGAUGGCUGCAUCACCACGUGCCUUGGCAGUAGCUCCAUUUGCAUACUCCACUGCCAUUAGUUCCUAUGCCAAAAAGGGAAUAGUACUUAAAGGAGGGCAGGUUCUUGAUGCUCUAGCUUCCUGCCACACAAAUGCAUUUGAUAAAAGUGGGAGACUGACUACAGGAGUUGUGAAAGAAAGCGCUUGCUGUUGCAACUGCUAUGGAGAAGAGCACAACACAUCUUAUUGGGAGAUCAUAGCACUGACAAAGACCUCCCUUCUGAAUAUUUUCCUGGCAGAGGACUUGUUGCUACUCGAAAUGACACUCAGCUGUCUUCAGCAUCUGAAACCAACAUCGGUUGGCGGUUUCGUGGCAGGUGGUGGCCUAAUCAUGGUGGGUGAAGCCAUCAAUGAUGCCGCAGCACUUGCCGCAGCAACUGUAGGAAUUGUGCUAGCCCAGUGCGCUAGUGCAAACUGCCAUAGCUGUGGCAGAUGUUCUGUAUUGCCAAGUCUCGCCAAACAAGUUCCCUGGUUCUUUAACACGGAAGUUGGUGCUCUCCUGAAAUGCCUGAACUUGGUACGUGCUCUAAACGACCCGAAAUGGUCGUGGAAGGAAGAUAUGCAGCACAGCAGCUUAGCUCCCGUCGGACGAGUGUUGCCAGGUUAG